CUCUCUCUCUCUCUCUCUCUCUCUCUCUCUCUCUCUUUCUGAUUAUGGUUUUUGGUUGAAUUCUUCUCCAUGUUCUUGGGAUUGCUCACAAUAUCAGCGGAGUAUGGGAACAAGACUUGAACCCACUUUCAAUCCUCUAGCCACAUCUGCCCAUAUCAGCAGCAGCAGCAGCAGCAGCAACAACAACACAUUAUUCACAAUUCAAAGACUGAAUGCUUGGCAACACCAUUUCCAAGACUCAACAACAGCAACGAGAUUUCCCCUUAAAUUGAUCUAUAAUAAUAAUACAUCUUCUCCCAUGACAUCUACUGGUUCGCUUGACAAGUUUCAAGAAGCAAUUAACAAGAUGUUGCAAAAAGGAGAUGUGGACGCCAUUCGAAAGACAAUGCAGGACCAUGAAGAUGCUUUCAAGAAUCAAGUAAAGGAACUUCAUAGGCUAUACAGCGUUCAAAAGAUGCUAAUGGAAGAACUGAGGAAAGAAAGCAAACAAAAUGCAUUAUGGUGUCCAAAGGCAACGAACCAUUUGCAAUUUAACAACAGGGAAAAUCAAAAUCAAACAGCACAAACAAUUGGAGGAGGCUUAAUUUUCAAUCUUCAAAGCUUGAGAUCAGAUGAUCCAAGCAGUAGGGAGAGAAGUGGGAGCUGUUCAGGAGACAAUAUGAGAAUAAUAUCAAGAGGGUUUGAUCUUGAAAGGCCAGCAGCAGAGGAAGACAUGUCGACCGGCAUUAGCACGGUUGACGAAGACCAAGCUGGACCAAGUACGCCGAUUGUCGUCGGAAAAAUGAGUAUAGAUGGGUGUGAAGAUGAAGAAAGUGAUGUUGAACUUACUUUAAGUAUUGGUGGUAGUCUAAGCAAGAAGAGAUCAAAAUCAUUUCCACCACUUACACAAAAGAAAAGAGAGAUUGAUUCAUCAUUGUCAUUCAAAUCAGAAAGAGGAGAUCAAGAAUGCAGUGAUCCAACAACUCCAAUGAGCAGUUCAAGUGCAACUUGUGAUCAAGAAACAAAAAGGCCACAUUGGCUUUUUCAGAGUUUAAAGCUCAAGUAGAAGCUGUUGAUGAUUACAAAUUUUGUGCAUCAGAUAAUUUUCCAAUUCUUGCACAAAAAAAGAAGAAGAAGAAAAAAAGAAACAGGUUCAUAUUAUAUUAUUAUUAACACAUUUUCUCCAAUUGAGAUUCUAAUUUAUUAGUUUGCACCUUCACUCUAAUAAAAAUUGAUGUUUGAGAACAAAAGAGCCCAUUUUCAGGAGCAUAAAAUUCUUCUUUUUUGUA